GUACUCAGUUGGUUGCUCUCACAUUUGAGCCCCAAUAUGUUAAUAAAAUACCUAUUUCUGAGUCCAACAGCAGAGUAUCGGUGUUGUGGGAAGCAAUUGGAGCAACCCCUUAAGCAAUGCGACGUGGCGUUUUUCGAUUGGUGGACUCAGAAAUAUAAAAUGUAUUUUUUUUUUCCAUUUCUUCUUUCAUUAUUUCCGACACCAUCUCUCUCCUCUCGUGGGCGAUAGAACAUGCAAUUCAUCGCCAUCGGGAAAUUUCCGAUUCCUUUUCACAAUUUAUCCUUAAAGUUUCGAUUUUUCAUUUCUGGGUUUUUGCCUCUCUGAUCAUGGCGGUUGUUGAGACUGUAGCAGCUGAUGCAGCAGAAGGAGUCGUGAUUCAGCCGCCAUCUUCACCACCUUCUUCAAUGACAAGUCAAGAUUCCGGCGUUUCUUCCGAUGAUCAGAACCAUCACUACAGGAUCGAUCAAGUUCUCCUACGGAAGAAGAGCUUUGGUCAAGGGAAGCGAAGGAUGAAUGCUCGAACAAGCAUGUCUCUGAUCUUGAUUUUUUAUUUUGUCUUUUUUGGGUGUUGUAGUUCAUUGAAGAGCAGCUUGCUGGUUUGUUUGUGAGUUGUGAACAGGUUGUUGAUUGCCGUAUAUGUGGUGACCCAACAUGUAAGAUCCUCAUUCAUUUAAGUGUCCUCAACAUGUAAGAUCCUCAUUCAUUGUUUUUCUAUUAAGGAGGAUUCAUUCAUUUUGGGUAAGAGAGAUCUUUCUGUUUCUGGUGUGCAAAUGGAGGAACAGAGAGGAAUUUCCUCUGUGAAAGUGUCUGAUCUGAUUUCUGGUAAAUUCUUCGGCUUUAAGAGUGAAUAAGAUUUUUGAUUAGUGGAAACAAUGAAGUUUUGGGAUGAUUUGUUAAAUAAAGUUCCUUUCUUUUUUUUUUGUUUUAAUGAUUUCUGCUACAGAUGCUAAAACCAGUACCACUAGACCAAAUGCCCUCUUGUUUAUGCAAUAUGAUUCAAACAGUUUCUCUGCUCUUCUAUUCUUAAGAUUAACGAUUGACUUAGAUCCAAUCUAUUUUAUAUCUGAUGCUUGAAGAUGUUACUGACCAUAUGAAAUUUUAUCAGUUGACUUUCCGGUGGAUUGUUUGUAAGUUAGUGUUGGUAGAGUUUUAGGUAUAGACACAUCGUUGACGUGAUCUGUGAAAUAUCCGGGAGUUAUCAAAAGUUUGUAUGCAAUAAGUUUGAGCUGGCAUUUAGAACAUUGGUUUUACAAAAAGUCCUGUUGUUUAUGCAAUCUAGUUCAAAUAAUUUUUGUGGUCUUGUAGACUUUCUUUAGAGGAAACUGCAGUACAAAUUGUAAGUAUUACGUUAUGUUUUUUUUUUUAUUGUUGUUGUGAGUUGAGAAGGUCUUUCCACUCUAUUACCUGUUGAAAAUCAUAUAUUUAAGCACUCUCUCUUUUACAAUCUGAAUAUUCUCUAGGAAGACUUGUGCUAAUGCCGUAAAAGCGUGUUCGUUUGUUGUUGUUUUAGGUUCUAAGCCGAUGGUUCUCUGCUUUAUGUGGAGCCUUGUUUCUUUUUGUGAAGUGAGAGAUGCACAUUUUUUUCUAUUUUUCUAAGGGAACGUUGUUGUAUGCACUUUACAAGGCAGCAUCUCCUGUGAGUAAUCCGUCAAGAGGAAUGUAAUGGUACAAAGGAGCUUUAAAUCUAACACCAAAUGGUGCAGGACUGGAAAGUGGAAACUCUGUUUGAUGUACCCUUCUGAAUGUUUUGUUCUCCAAAACGUUAUCGAUCUGCUUAACCCACCAGCUGAGCUUGAGAAGAGGAAGCACAAGCUCAAGCGUCUUGUUCAGUCUCCAAACUCCUUCUUCAUGCACUCUCCGGAGGAAACAAGAAAGCAAAAAAACAUGAGCGACCCUAGUGGCCAAUCUUCAACAACGACUGUCGGUGGAAACGGCGGUGGCAGCAGCGGUAGUAACGGUGGAGGUGGAGGUGGAAGUGGCGGCUCCUUUGGGAAUCAGCCGCAGAGAUCAAAGGUGAGGAAGCAAGUGUGGGCUGGAGUUCUCGGCAUCUCUUCCUCCACCAAUAAUUAGUAUAUAUCUCUUUAAUUCCACCGGAAAAAACACAUGUCUCUCUAAUGAAAAGUUGUGGUGGUAAUUAAUAAUUAUGCUUGAAUCUUGAUCAUCGUUGCCCGUUGGUGUUAACUAUGUCUAAAUAACAAGGAGAUAACUAGACCAUCUUCAUCGUCA